AUGGCCGAACCCGAGGAAAAGGAAAUCGUGGCCCACGAUGAAUCCUCUUCGUCGCCAUAUGAUGCCUCUGGCACAACCCGUGACAUCGACCCCGAGAAACUCAACGACCCUAAGAUGCAGAAAUUGGCUGGCGAAAUCACAUACGAGGAUGAGACGGAUCCCGUGAACAGACAGCACAACCCGCUUGCUCAAAAGCUGCGGUCGCGACACAUGCAGAUGAUAGCAAUUGGUGGCUCGAUCGGUGCUGGUCUUUUCGUCGGCUCUGGCAGUGCGUUGCACAAGGGCGGGCCUGGAAGUCUGCUCCUCGGUUUCAUCAUUAUUGGCUUCAUGCUGCUCUGCACCAUGCAGGCGCUCGGAGAAUUGGCCGUACUCUACCCCGUGAAUGGCGCGUUUUAUACCUACAUUGUUCGAUUCGUAGACCCAUCCAUCGGUUUCGCGGUCGGUUGGGACUACGCCAUUGGCUGGCUGACCGUCUUGCCCUUUGAACUUACCGCGGCCUCGAUCACCAUUGAAUACUGGAGAGAUGAUAUCCACGUCAGCGUUUGGAUCACUGUCUUCCUGGUUUUCCUAUGUCUAGUCCAGAUCUUCGGCGUGCUCGGCUACGGCGAGGUGGAGUUUGUCCUGGCUAUGAUCAAAAUCACCGCUUGCAUAGGUUUCAUCAUCUUCGGUAUUGUGGUUGACUGUGGCGGCGUCUCUUCCGACCAUCGCGGCUAUAUUGGUGCUCGAUAUUGGCACGACCCAGGCGCUUUUCAGAAUGGGUUCAAAGGCUUCUGCACUGUCUUUGUCACAGCAGCUUUUGCCUUUGGUGGAACAGAGCUCGUGGGAUUGGCGGCCGCGGAAGCUGCUGAUCCUCAUCGCUCCCUUCCCAAAGCCACUCGACAAGUCUUUUGGCGUAUUGCGACAUUUUACGUCCUUUCGCUCUUCAUUGUCGGGCUCAUCGUGCCAUCCGACAGCCCAGACCUUCUGGGAGCCAGCGGCGCCAAUACGAAAGCUUCUCCUUUUGUCCUGGCCAUCAAAUAUGCCGGUGUCAAAGGGCUGCCGUCCGUCAUGAAUGCGGUCAUCACUAUUUCCGUUAUUAGCGUCGCUAAUAGCUGCACUUACGGCUCUUCACGUACCAUGCAAGCCCUCGCGGCGAGAGGAAUGGGCCCAAAAUUUUUGAUGUAUGUCGACAGGCAGGGGAGACCGCUCUGGUGUAUCGUGAUCCAACUCUUGUUCGGCUGCCUCGCGUAUAUUGGUGAAGCGAAUGCUUCUGACACGAUCUUCACCUGGUUACUCUCCCUCUCUGGACUGAGCUUUUUCUUCCUGUGGAUGAGCAUCAAUCUCGCGCAUAUCAGUAAGUAUGCCCACGGCUUCACAAAACAUCAAUUACCCUACCAAGCCGCUUUCGGAAUCUGGGGGUCCUACAUCGGAUUCGGCCUAAACGCCCUGGCUAUCAUUGCAACGUUCUACACUUCUCUGUUUCCACUUGGUUCCAGCCCUGAUGCAGAGGUGUUUUUCGAGAAUUUCCUUGCUGCGCCGAUUGUCAUCGCUUUGUACCUGGGAUGGAAGAUCUACUCGCGUGAUCGGAAGAUGUUCGUUCGCACGAGCGAGAUGGAUGUCACGAUGGGUAUCAGGCGAGGAAGUCUGGAAAUUGCGGCGGAGAAAGGACGAACCGGGUGGACCAAAGCACUGAGGGUGUUCAUUUAA